AUGACGUUCGAUCGACAGGAGAUAUUGCCAGUGAGAAUCACGUAUUCCUUGCUGUUUCUCGCUGGCUUUGGUACACCAACCACUGACCAGGAACGUAGGACACUUACAAUAUUGCUGAUCUACACAUUGUGGACUAUAUUUUUCGGUGGAAUUCUCAUUUUCAUCGAUGCGUACUACGUAUGGGGAUCAUUUGAAGAGAUGCUGUAUACAGCAGUUAAUAUAAUGACAGUCUUGAUAUGCGGCAUUAAGUUCAUCUCGACUGUACUUCAACGGACUCGGUAUGAGAAUUUUCUUCGACUUGCUAGAGAGUCGCUGUGGAAACAAGCUGAGAGUGAUGAUGAUAAGAAAGUUAUGGAGAAAUGUACAAAGCAGGCUUUGAUUUUUGUUUGUGCUUUUGUCAUGCUCGCUGGUGGUUCGGGUGUUUUGUACAUUCUCGAAGCGAUUUACUAUAAUUUGGUCAAUGACAUCACGAACUUCACGAGCGUCAGGGAGAGGGCAUUCAUCAUGAAGCUUUGGUGCGACUGGCCCUUCUACGAGGCACCCAAAUUUCAUCUGAUGUUCCUCGUGCAGUCAUUUACUAUCAUGCAUUACGGCCUGCUGUACUGCUGCUUCGAGAAUUUUCUCGUGCUGACGAACAUCUUCCUCACGGGGCAAUUCACUAUCCUGAAAUACAGACUGGAAGUACUAAACAGCGAACUGACGACAGGUCGUAUAGACGAUGGACGUGUUGGUUCUUCGAAGGAUUCUCUUAAUACCAUGUCCCAAGAGUUCAAGAAUUGCAUCAAACAGCAUCAGUUCCUGAUAAAAGCCACACAACAGCUUGAAGAGUUGUAUACCCUAAAGAAUUUAGCGUCAAUUAUGGCGUACAGUUCCAUGAUAUGCCUAUCAGGUUAUCAAACAAUGACGCCCGGGAAUCCUCUGGUGAGAAAAAUAAAGUACGGGAUAUACGUCACCGGAUGCCUCAGCCAAUUGUUCUGUUUCACAUUCACCUGCGACGAACUGUCUCUAGGAAGUGUGAGUGUCAGCGAUGGGCCCUACAAUUCUGGAUGGUACGGUGGUAAUUGGUCGGAGAAGGGUCGAUCACUCACGAAAGAUUUGUCGAUAAUGAUCAUGAGGGCCCAGCGUCCCUGUCGUCUGACCGCUGGUGGUUUUUUUAAUGUCACCCUUAAUAUACUGAAAUCGGUAUUAACUACUGCCUUUUCAUAUCUAACGUUGAUAAGACAAUCAGCCAAGUGACUGCUUUCGACUAUUCUAAUUGGAAAAUUCGGAUAACUUACCGCUCACCGCCUGAUGAUUCAUUAUUCCUUUAUUCCCCAAAUCGACAGGUUGCGAUUACAACUGGUUCUUAAAUUUCUAUCCUCGGGGACACGAAUUCUACGAAAUAAGAACAUCGGGGAAUCCCCGCUCUUCCGUUUGAGGUGGAGCUGCAGGAGGGGGGAACAGAGAGAAAUAAUCUGUUUCCCUCGAAUAUA